UUUUGUUUAAAUUAAGAAUUUAAAAAAAAAAAAAAAGAAAUUGGGAUUUUGUGGGAAUAUGAUGUUGUCGUCUUCUUCCACUAGUAGUGGAGCUAAUGCUCAGCAGGAAGAAGGGGAGAAGAAAUGCUUGAAUUCGGAGCUAUGGCAUGCUUGCGCUGGCCCGUUGGUCUCGCUUCCGUUGCUCGGGAGCCGGGUUGUGUACUUUCCUCAAGGACAUAGUGAACAGGUUGCUGCCUCUACCAACAAGGAAAUAGAUGCUGCUAUACCUAACUACCCUGGCUUACAACCGCAGUUAAUAUGCCAACUUCACAAUGUGACGAUGCACGCAGAUAUCGAAACGGAUGAAGUAUAUGCUCAGAUGACUCUGCAGCCACUUACCCCGCAAGAGCAAAAGGAUAUAUGCCUAUUGCCAGCAGAACUCGGCUCCCCGAGCAAACAGCCGACGAAUUAUUUCUGUAAAACAUUAACUGCUAGUGACACGAGUACACAUGGCGGAUUUUCUGUGCCUCGCCGAGCAGCUGAGAAAGUCUUUCCUCCUCUUGAUUAUUCUCAAACCCCUCCUUGCCAAGAACUAAUUGCGAAGGAUCUUCAUGGCAACGAAUGGAAGUUCAGGCACAUAUUUCGAGGUCAGCCAAAGAGGCAUCUCCUCACGACGGGAUGGAGUGUGUUUGUGAGCGCAAAGAGAUUAGUCGCUGGCGAUUCUGUAAUUUUCAUCUGGAACGAAAACAAUCAGUUGUUCUUAGGAAUUCGACGUGCGAAUCGACCUCAAGCUGUUAUGCCUUCAUCGGUGCUGUCGAGUGACAGCAUGCACAUUGGUCUUCUUGCUGCAGCUGCGCAUGCAGCAGCCACAAACAGUCGUUUCACUAUCUUCUUCAAUCCUAGGGCGAGCCCGUCGGAGUUUGUGAUACCUCUAGCAAAAUACGCCAAAUCAGCUUAUCAUACGAGGGUUUCUGUUGGUAUGAGGUUCCGAAUGCUCUUUGAAACUGAAGAAUCGAGCGUUCGUAGGUAUAUGGGUACAAUUACUGGCAUCAGUGACUUGGAUCCUGUUCGUUGGCCGAACUCGCAUUGGCGUUCGGUGAAGGUGGGGUGGGACGAAUCGACUGCAGGUGAGAGGCAGCCAAGAGUUUCCUUAUGGGAAAUCGAACCUCUCACAACUUUCCCAAUGUACCCUUCUCCAUUUUCCCUCCGAAUGAAACGACCCUGGCCAUCUGGACUGCCCUCAUUCCCUGGUCUUAAAGACGGUGGUGACAUGAGCAUGAAUUCUCCAAUCACGUGGCUUCGUGGGGGUAUGGGAGAUCAAGGAAUGAUGCAACAGCUAAAUUUCCAAGGAAUCGGCGGUGGGUCCCACUGGAUGCAACCAAGGCUCGAUCCUUCCAUGUUCUGCAUGCAACCCGAUAUUUACCAAGUCAUGGCCCUACAGGAGGCAGGUUCGUUAUUAGACCCCUCCAAAAUUACCAAUUCGCCCCUCAUGCAGUUCCAGCAAAACCUCCCCAACGUUUCCGCCCCUUCGCUCAUGCAAAAUUACCAAUCAGUCCCUCAACAGAGCUUCCUCCAGAACAUUCCGGAAAACCAAUACAACCAGUACAACCACCAACAGCAAUUUCAAGAUCAACAACAGAACAGAAAACCGAUGGGGCCCACUUCUGAUUCUCCUCAGUUCACAACGCCUAUACAAAACUUGACCGAUUUCAUGGGGAGCAAUAUUAAUAAUAUUGCUUCUUCGAAUAAUAAUUCCCUCCUUAAUUCCCACAUAAUGAACUUGCACGGACCUAAUUCCUCGUCUUCGAAACGAGUGGCUUUAUUAGACCCUCAAAUUCCGUCGAAGGUUUCUUCUACUUCUUCUCACUUUGGAGUGCCGCAUCUGGAAGAACUGGUGACACCUCAUUCGAAAGGCUCGGAACUUUCCGCUGUGCUGCCGCCGUUUCUUGGUAGAGAUUUUUCGGAUUUCCAAAGUGUGACGAAUCAUUCCCAUAAUAAUAAUAAUAAUAGUAACAAUAAUAAUAAUAAUAACGAUAAUAAUGGUUUGUACUCAUCGGGUAAUGUGAUGAAUAAUAAUAACAAUAAUAAUAAUAAUGGGAAUGGGAGUGAACAGUUGUCGAUGGCGUACGCAACGUCUGCAUUUGUGAAUGGUGCGGGGGGCGAUUUCCCUAUAAAUUCGGACAUGACUAGUUCGAGUUGUGUGGAUGAAUCGGGUUACUUGCAAUCAUCGGAAAAUGUAGACCCUACCUCGAGGGCCUUUGUGAAGGUUCAUAAGUCGGGGUCGUUUGGUAGAUCGCUCGAUAUCUCCAAAUUUAGCAGUUAUGACGAACUUCGAGGAGAGCUUUCUCGUAUGUUUGGACUUGAAGGCUUUUUGGAGGACUCUCAGAGAUCAGGCUGGCAGCUUGUAUUUGUUGACCGGGAGAAUGACAUUCUUCUCCUCGGCGACGAUCCGUGGCAGGAAUUCGUAAACAGUGUGUGGUAUAUCAAGAUUCUAUCUCCUCUUGAAGUGCAGCAGAUGGGCAAAGAGGAGGGUCGUGAUUUUUCGUAAUCUCGGAAAGAUUCUAGAAGCUACGUAAACGGUAGUAUGGAAUCAGUUGAAUACUGAUAAUUGGGCACUAAUAUAUCUGAAGUGAAAAAAAAUGGUAGACGACACCUUUGUAUGAGUGAGUACUACUUCCCGUUUUUUAGGACACGAUGGUAUGUGAUAUUUGUUUCUUCUAUGUCUUCGCUAGGGACUUUGUAUGCUAGACAUGUAUACGAUGUAUAUUUUAUGGUGUAUCCGUAUCUUUAUUAGAACUACUACUACUACUACUGUUGUAGCUAUGAAACGACGAUGGCGAUUUGUAAUCAAGAACCUUUAUUUUUAUGCCUAUUUCUCCCUAUUGU